AGUAAAGGGGGAGAGAGAGAGUCAAGGGGGAGAAAGGAGAGAUUUAACGGGUCUUCAUGGAGCUUUUCCCCGCUGCAGAGGUUUCUUUUUCUCCACGAUGCACUUUAGGAUCUCAGUAAGAUGUGUUUCCAGAUCCUCUGUUUGCUGCUGCUGAGCGCCUCUCAGCUCAAAGCCCAGGAUCCCUCCUGCUGCCAGCAUGCUGCAGACUUCUCCCCCUGCAAGGAAGCCUGCGACCAGCUGGCCACUAUAAAGAGUGAGUCUCGUCUGAAGCACCUCCUGCAGAGAUUACCCAGCUACUGCCCCGAGCCCAUGAACGAGCUGUGGGCGUGCAUCAACUCCACUCUCCCAGGAGUGUCCAGGAAGACGGAGGGCUGGGUGGGGCUGGGCUGCUGUGAGCUGGCCAUCUCUUCAGAGUGUCGCAGAGAGUGCAAACAGGCGUCUUCUAAAAACGACAUCACUAAAGUGUGCAGGAAGGACACAGAGAACUCUCUCUACAGCUGCAUCACCAAAAAUGAAAUGGGCUCCACCUGCUGUGGUUUCGCAGGGCGUCACACCACCUGCAGAGAGUACUGUCAGGCCAUCUUCAGGACGGACUCCACGCCCACGGUGUCUCAGAUCAGCGCCGUCACAGAGUACUGCCAGAGCCACAGCCCUCAGCUGAUUGGCUGCGUGGGAAACUUCACCAAGAGCUACCCAAUCAGGAGCCCUAUAGACAGUCUUCACUGCUGUGACAGAGCAGAGGCUCCUCACUGUCAGGUUGCCUGUGGGAGGAUCCUGCGCUCUCUGAGCACGGAGCAUGAGAUAAUGGAGGCUCUGAUAACAGAUUGUGGGUCUCAGCCCCUCCCUCAGGACCCCAUGUGGCAGUGCUUCCUGGGCAGCCCUCACCACACCCCCCCCAAGGAGGAGCCCCCCCGCCACCCCUCAAAGAUGGACUGCGCCAAACUGCACUGCUGCUCCAAGGCCAACACGUCACUCUGCAGGGACAUGUGUGAGCGGAUCAGCACGAACUGGGGCAGUCAGACCUGGCAGGACUUCGAUCAGCUGUGUGAAUAUAACCCUGUGGAGAAGCCUCUGAUCACCUGUCUGUCUGACGUGAGGGAGCCCUGCCAGCUGGGCUGCAAACACCUGAGCUACUGCAGCAACUUCAACAACAGGCCCACAGAGCUGUUCCGCAGCUGCAACGUCCAAUCGGAUCAGGGCGCCAUGAACGACAUGAAGCUGUGGUCCAACGGCACGAUCAAGAUGCCCUUCAUGAACAUCCCGGUGCUGGACAUCAGGAAGUGUCUCCCCGACAUGUGGAAGGCCGUGGCCUGCUCUCUGCAGAUCAAACCCUGCCUGAGCAAGGCCAGGGGGAGCCUCAUCUGCAAGUACGUGUACUAUACUACUGUACAACAUGUAAUAUACAGGAGUAACAAGCCUGAUCUGCAAGUACGUGUACUAUACUACUGUAAAACAAGUCAUAUACAGGAGUAACAAGCCUCACCUGCAAGUACGUGUACUAUACUACUGUACAACAAGUCAUAUACAGGAGUAACAAGCCUCACCUGCAAGUACGUGUACUAUACUACUGUACAACAAGUCAUAUACAGGAGUAACAAGCCUCACCUGCA